AUGGUGUACCUACGACAGGAGUCCCUUGCGGGGCUCAAGCUUUACAAGUACUCGGGCGUCGACCACAGCUUGACGUCCAAGUACAUCCUGAAGCCCUUCUACAACAACAUCGUGUUGCCGUGCUUUCCUAUCGGCAUGGCGCCGAAUCUCAUCACGCUCUCCGGCUUUAUGUUCGUCGUUGCGAAUCUCCUCACGCUGUUGUGGUACAACCCGGCGCUCGACCAGGACUGCCCGCCGUGGGUGUACUACAGCUGGGCUGUGGGCCUGUUCCUGUACCAGACCUUUGAUGCCGUUGACGGUGCGCAAGCCCCUCUCGGUGAGCUUUUCGACCACGGCGUGGACGCCCUCAAUACCUCCCUCGAGGUGCUGAUCUUCGCCGCUUCCCAAAACAUGGGCCAGGACUGGAAGACAGUCGCAACCUUGUUUGCAUGUACGUGA